CCAGCGCUCUUUUUUCUUCUUCCCGUGUUUUACAUUUCCUCAUAAGCUUGCAUUGCGACAAUAGCUGAAAAUGGGCAGUGGCGAUUUGAACAUGAAAAAGUCGUGGCACCCGCUGACUAUGGCGAAUCAGCGGCGGGUGGCCGAGGAGAAGCGCAAGGCCGAGGAAGAAGCCCAGCGCACUGCCAAGAUGCAAAAGGAGCUGCGCGCCGAGCGCCAGCGCGAAGAGAUGGAGCGCCUGAACCAGUCGCUCAGCGGCAAGAAGACCAACCAGCUUGAGUGGAUGUACAAAGCGCCGACAGUUGCAUCGCAGACCGACGAGGACCUGGAGGCGUACUUGCUAGGCAAACGCAGCAUCGCAGACAUCAUCGAUACGAAGGAGAAGGCAGAUGCUCCCGAGGAUAAGUGGAAGGGCGACAUGCUGGCGUUCUCCAACCGGAAUGUCAACAGCGAGCGAGACCUACGCGCAAAGGACAUGGAGGAUCCGCUGGUGGCUAUUAAGCGCCGUGAGCAGGAGGCGAUACAGCGGAUGAUGAGCAACCCGCUGUACAAGAAGGACACGCAAAAGACGAAAAAGUCGAGGUCCAAGGACAAGAAGCGCGACUCGAGCAAGGACCGGGACGAAGAGCGGCGGCAUCGUCACAGGCAUAGGAACCGCCAUAAUGGUAGCAGCAGAUCCAUACGCGACGGGAUCGGAAGCAUCCCACGGCGAAGAGUCAAAGGGCAGCACUGGCGACAAAAGCAGCAGCCGGCAUCGGCACCACCGCUCGCGGACAGACGUACCAGGGACAGGCGGUCCAGGUCCCCGUCCGACCGGCGACACAAAUCCUCCUCUUCCCACCGCCGAGACUAAUGUAUUUGCUUUAAUAGAAAUGGUGUUGGUAUUGA